UUAAUAAAAGAUCAUAAAUGAAUAUAUGAAAAUAAAACAAAAAAGAAAGUAAAAAAGUCACUCCAAAGAAAGGGUGCGGUCAAAGUAAUGACUAUAAAGAAAAUGAAAGUAACCCCAACCUCUGUGUAUCUUGCACAUCUUCUUUCACCUGAUUCAUUUGAAAUCCUGCUGCACCUUCAGUUUCUCCUUCAGUUUCUCCUUCACCUUCAGCUUCUCCUUCAGCUUUACCAGUCCAAACACAAUGAAGUUCCUACUUACACUGCUGCUCAUUUCUGUGCUUUUCUCUCAAGUGCUGUCGCUGAUGUGUCAGGAAUGCUUUUCAGAACAAUGUGGCCAGAAAAACUGUCCAGACCAGUGUACCAGUCUAACUCUCUAUGUAGUGGCCAGUGGCAAAAAUGUGACAAGUGUUAUAAAGACUUGUGCCAUACCAGAAAUGUGUUCACCUGGAAGUAUAAACCUGGGAGAAGUGGUAAUGACCAGCAAUGCCAUGUGCUGUAGCUCUACUCUCUGCAACAUAGAAACACUGCCAGUUCUUCCACUGCCUCAGCCCAACGGAAAGAUGUGCUACAGCUGUAAAAAUAAUGACUGCUCACAAACAGUGGAUUGUGCAGGAAAUGAAGAUCGUUGCAUUACUGAGACAGCUACUUUACUAGGCAUGAAAGUGACCAUGAAAGGAUGUGUGGCCAAAGCUUUCUGCAGUAGUAAUGAAUUAUUAAACCCACUGGGAAAUGACACCAUAAAUGUUCAGUGUUGUGAGGGGAACCUGUGUAACGGUGUAGACAGCUUCACACCGAGUUUCUUCCUCAUGAUCAUCUCUCUACUCUUCUCCAUCCUCUUUUACUGACAAGCAGCUUUCUGAAAACUGUAUGUAGAAUACAAUAGAUGUUUUAGAUGUUUCUUAGGUGUUUAGCUUUUACAUUUAAUUUGUUAUGUGUCUUAUGUUUUCUGUCAGUGAUGAUGAUCUAUAUAUAAAACCAUAUAAAACUAGAUUGCACCUUUGUUUGUCUGGCAGUUAGGAAGAAUGUGUAUAUAUUUAUGUGUCUGAGAAGAAGUUUAUUAGUGUUUGUACUGUGCUGAUAUAAGGGUACUGUAAAAACUUAAGCCAAGGCUGUUUGUCUCACAUGUAAAUUACUAUUUUCAUUGUCUAUAGUGUCUUUACAUCAUUUUAGAGUUGGAUUUUUUUUUUCACUUGUGUUAUACUAAUACUGGACAAAAUAAAUGAUAAACUGAUACAUAUUAUUAAUGCCUUUUACUGUGAUUUUAAUACAAGCUGUACUAAAUUUUGAAAAUCUUGAUUUAUUUCCAAAUCCUGUAUUUUCAUUAUUGCUAUAAAAAAAUAGGGUGGCUAAGUAAUAAGUAAUCGAUUAAAGUUUUAGAACAAUGGAGACAUAACUCAAACUGGCUAAAUGCCUACAAAGCUAAUAUUUGUCCAAGGAGUGAAUGAGUAUCGUUUAAUUUCUUUCUUAACUUAAGGAUAAAAAAUCAGUAACUAUGUAUGAGUGCAUUAUACAGUAUGAUAUAU